AUGUUUUUGGGAGCAGAAAGGCGGAAGGUUACAGUGAGAAAGUUCCGUAAUAUGAAGUUGAUUGAUAUUCGAGAAUAUUAUCAGAAAGAUAAUACCUGGUUACCGGGGUCGAAAGGUAUAUCGCUAACGGAGGAUCAAUGGGGUUCCCUUGUUUCCAAGAUUUCUGACAUCAAUGAAGCAUUGGAACUUAUUGAUGACAAAGAAGCACUACGGAAAAGACAGGAGGAAAAGGCCAGAGAGGCUGAUGAUGAUGAUGAUGAUGAUGAUGACCAAGACGAUCAGGAAGAUGAUCAAGAGGAUUUAGAAGGGGUUGAAUUUGAGGAUGUUGUGGACACAAAUCCAGCCAAGCCAACCAAGCCUUCAAAGAAAGAAGAAUCCAGUGAUGAUUCUGACUAG